AUGUUUCGACGACUAGUCCCGCGCCAGACCCGGUUCUGGCGUCCGAUUAGACCGCUCAGUAGCACGCGCGAGUACCUGGAUUACCAGCUGGACAAGGUGAACAACCCGAUCCGCGUGCCAAAGGACCAACUCGCCGAGAGAAUGGCCAAAAUCCCGCUGAAAAAUUAUAGAAACUUCAUCAUUGUGGCCCAUGUUGACCAUGGCAAGUCCACUUUAAGCGAUAGACUGCUGGAGAUCACCGGCGUGGUCGACCCUAACAGCCAGAACAAACAGGUGCUAGACAAACUCGACGUUGAGAAAGAACGAGGAAUCACCGUCAAAGCACAGACAGUCUCGAUGAUGUACCAUUACAAGGGCGAGGACUAUUUGUUCCAUCUCGUUGACUCUCCAGGCCACGUGGAUUUCAGAUUGGAAGUUUCGCGGUCGUAUGCUUCGUGUCAGGGCGCUUUACUGCUAGUUGACGCUUCUGAGGGUAUUAAGGCACAAACGGUGGCAAACUUCUACCUCGCCUACUCCAUGGACCUCAAGCUGCUGCCUGUGAUUAACAAGAUCGAUCUGGACACCGCGAACGUGCCGCGCGCCGAGGAACAGAUCGAGUCCACGUUCGAGCUCCCGGCACGUGACGUCGUGCACGUGAGCGCGAAAACGGGGCUCAACGUGGAGUACCUGCUACCGUCGAUCAUUGAGAAGAUCGACCCGCCGAUGCACUGCGAUUCCAGCGCGUCGUUGCGUGCGCAGAUCGUCGAUUCCUGGUACGACCCGUACGUUGGCGUGAUUUUGCUGGUUAACAUGGUGGACGGCACCAUUAAGAAAGGAACCAAGAUCGAGAGUUGUCGGACACGGACCAAAUACGAGGUGAAGGAGGUUGGAAUCAUGUAUCCAGAGCGGACACCCAUGCCACAGCUUGUUGCUGGCCAGGUUGCGUACAUCAUUCCCGGGUUCAAGGACCCCAACGAGGCAUUUGUUGGAGAUACGUUGAUUUUGGCCGGGUCGGGAGCGGAGCCCUUGGAAGGGUUUGAGGAGCCAAAGCCAAUGGUUUUCGUGGGAGCGUUUCCAGCAGACGGUUCGGACUUCAAGAAGAUCGAGGAGAGUCUACAGCAUUUGUUUUUGAACGACCGUUCAGUGACUAUUCAACGAGCAACCUCGAACGCUCUUGGACAGGGCUGGAGACUUGGUUUUCUGGGCUCACUACACGCCUCUAUCUUUAAAGACCGGCUCGAGUCGGAGCACGGCAAGAACCUUAUCAUCACGUCGCCAACAGUUCCAUACAAAGUUCAUUAUUCGGACGGUACAGAGAAAAUAGUGAGCAAUCCAGACGAGUUCCCCGACGGAGUGCAGAAGCAAAAGAUCAAGUUUUUCAGCGAGCCGUAUGUGGAGGCAUUGAUGACGUUCCCCGGGGAGUAUACCGGAACAGUGAUGUCGUUGUGCGACAGUCACCGUGGCGAACAGGUGGAUCUGCAGUACUUAUCGUCUGGCCAGACGUUGAUCAAGUAUCUGCUACCAACUUCGCAGUUGAUUGACGAUUUCUUUGGCAAGCUGAAAAGUGCAACCAGAGGAUAUGCCUCGUUGGACUACGAGGACCACGGAUACAGGCCCUCGGACAUCCACAAGCUGGAACUGCUGGUGAACGGCCACGGCGUGGACGCCCUAUCGACGGUGAUGCACCGCAGUCAGAUCGAAAAGACCGCUAGAAAAGCGGUUGUGAGACUCAAGGAGUUUCUCAAAAUCCAGCAGUUCGAGGUGGUCAUCCAGGCAAAGGCCAACAACAAGAUCAUUGCGCGCGAAACCAUCAAGGCUCGUAGAAAGGACGUGCUGGCAAAAUUGCAUGCUGCAGACAUCACGCGGCGGAAAAAACUGCUGGUCAGACAGAAAGAGGGUAAGAAAGCUCUCAAGUCUGUUGGCCAGGUCAACAUCUCCACAGACGCUUAUCAGUCGUUUUUGCGCAAAGACUGA